AUGACCAGAAUUGAAUGUAGAGAUCUGAAUAAAGAAUUGGGUAGGCUAAAUGCGUGUCGGCUGAAAGCUGUGAAGCGUGAUGUCGUUGAGGCGACUGUUCGCCUUCAGUUGCUGAAAAAGGUGGACAAUUGCCAUCUGCAUGUUGAGCUUAUGCGGAAAUACAACACCUUCCAACCAUUUCUGAUCAAUGUUACCUUCGAUGCUUGCGCAUUUAUGAAAACGCGCAGAAAUUCCGUAUACUUUGAUAUUUUAUUCAAACUAAUAGAGAAAUUCACAAAUGCAAAUCAUACAUGUCCUUAUGAG